AAACACGGUCGAGACAAGACAGGCACAGUUAACAUGGCGGCGCCCAGCAGAUCCAAGGAAAGUUACGACGAGGACUUUGAUUAUCACGGCGACAGGAGAAAAAAACCGUGCCGAGCUUGCUCAGACUUCAAGGCUUGGGCGAAGAGCAAGGGUGGCUCCACUUCCAAAGAAGCGGGCCCGACGCAAGCGGGAGGUCUGACGGUGCCCGACCGCGAGUGUCCACCCGACCGGUCCGAACUGGGCCGGUGCACGUGGUCACUCCUCCACUCGGUGGCGGCCUACUAUCCCAGCAGGCCCAGCGCGGAGCAGCAGCGAGACGCGGACCAGUUCUUCCGGCUGUUCUCCAGGCUCUACCCGUGCAAGGACUGCGCCGAGGACUUCCGCGCAGAGCUCGCCUCCAGCCCUCCCCGUGUGUCGAGCCGCGCGGAGCUGGCGCAGUGGCUGUGCGAGCAGCACAACGCAGUCAACCGGAAAUUGGGCAAGCCCGAGUUCGACUGUUCGCGCGUCGACGAGAGAUGGCGCCGCGGUUGGGACGACGGCUCCUGCUCCUGAUUGGUCGACGGCGGCGGCUUCGGCGACGACGAACUCCAGCCCUCCCCCCUCUGCAUUCCCGCUCGUCGCUCGCGAGGUGUCGACGAACUAUAUGCCGUCGACGCCUGUUGUAGAUAAUGAAGGACCCUUCGGCACUGCAGAGUGCAGUGACGUCACUCGCGUAGAAUAAAGCUGAUACAGCGCUA